GACCGUUUCAGCCCCGGUGCUGUAGAAUGCCUGUGUGUGUGUGGCACCGACCCGGACGGGGGUGGACAAAAAGGCUUGCUGUGGAUGAACUGCGAUAUGUGACAAUUAUCGAAAAGGAGUAACUCUCAUUUAACCAUGUUAGCUACGUUUUCAAAUUCGAGGGGGAAGACGUACAUGAGAACAUUACCUUUGGAUUAAAGCAGCAGCCAUCUUCCCCCCCCACACAAAAAAAUACAUUUAAAAAACGUCUCAAGUACAGUAAGUAAACUAGAGAAAUCGUUUCGUCUUGAACCGGACCGUAUUUCAUGGGCUAACUUAGUCCUAGACCGAGAGAGAAGCAGGGUGCACCGGGAGAGGAUGCCCGGCGUGGUCUGCGUUGAUCCACGAACCUUCUCGCCAUCCAGACACCCCCCACCCUCUUCCUUUUGGGACGGAUUUAAAAGCGAAUUCGUGUACGUUUGACAUCAAAUCAUCUGAGUACUAAACACACAGAUUAAAUCGCGUCUUCAAGGAAGGAUUUUGAGGAGUUCUCCUCCACCUCCUCCACCCCUCCUCCUCCUCCACCCCUCCUCCUCCACCACCACCACCUCCUCCACCCCUCCUCCUCCUCCACCUCCACCACUUCCUACACCCCUCCUCCUCCCCCUCCACCUCCCCCUCCAACACUUCCUCCACCUCCCCCUCCACCACUUCCUCCACCUCCCCCUCCACCACUUCCUCCACCUCCCCCUCCACCACUUCCUCCACCCCUCCACCACCUCCUCCUCCACCACCAUCUCCACCACCUCCUCCUCCUCCACCACCAUCUCCUCCACCACCUCCUCCUCCACACCAUCUCCUCCCCCUCCUCCACCACCUCCCCCUCCACCUCCUCACCACCCUCCACCACCUCCACCACAGUUGUUGUGAGAGGAGCAGAGACCAGCCAGACUCUGACCGUCUCCUCACCAGACGACCCGAAGCUGGCGCUUCUCCCAUCCAAAUAAACAGAGGAUCCAGUUGAAGAUGUAUCCUCAGGGCCGACAUCCUGCACCUGGACAUGGUCAGCCGAGUCAGCCUGGGUUCAAGUUCACCGUAGCAGAGUCCUGCGACAGGAUCAAGGACGAGUUUCAGUUUCUGCAGGCCCAGUAUCACAGUCUUAAGGUGGAGUACGACAAGCUGUCCAAUGAGAAGACGGAGAUGCAACGUCACUAUGUCAUGUAUUACGAGAUGUCCUAUGGGCUCAACAUAGAGAUGCAGAAACAGACCGAGAUCGCCAAGCGGCUCAACGCGAUUCUAGCUCAAAUUAUGCCUUUCCUGUCACAAGAGCACCAACAGCAGGUAGCCCAGGCAGUAGACCGAGCUAAACAGGUCACCAUGACUGAGCUCAAUGCCACCAUCGGGGUACGUGGGCUUCCCAAUCUGCCCCUCACCCAGCAACAGCUCCAGGCUCAGCACCUGUCCCAUGCAGCCCACGGUGGUCCUCCCCUCCUGGCCGCCCACCCCUCCGGGCUCCAGCCUCCUGGGAUAAUCCCAGGGUCUGGGCUGCUGGCCCUGGGAGCUCUGGGGAGCCAGGCUAACAUCCCUGUUAAGGAUGAGAAGAAUCAUCACGACGUGGAACACAGAGAAUCAGUGGAUAAUAACGUCUCCCCGACCGACAGCUUGAGAACAGCCAGUGAGAAACACAGCUCCUCCGACUACAGUCUGGACUCUAAGAAACGCAAAGUGGACGAGAAGGACAGUAUGAGCAGAUACGACAGUGAUGGAGAUAAGAGUGAUGACCUGGUCGUAGAUGUAUCCAAUGAGGACCCCGCUACCCCUCGGGCUAGCCCCGCUCACUCACCCGAGGGGAACAGCAUCGGUAAGCCCCGCCCCCAGAAGGACACGCCCACCAGCCCCGCCUCUGUAGCGUCGUCCAGUAGCACGCCCUCCUCCAAGAACAAGGAAAACCAUAAUGACAAGUCAUCAAUGCCAGGCCUGAAGUCGACCACCCCCACCCCUCGUAGCGACGCCCCCACCCCAGGCACCUCCACCACUCCUGGGCUGCGGCCCAUCCUGGGCAAACCCCCUGGCAUGGAGGCUCUAGCUCUGAGGACUCCCCUGUACCCUCCCUUCGUUAUGAUGGGUCAUUAUCCUGAGAUGAACGGAGGUCUGACCAGCCCUGGUGUCUACGCGGGACUGCACGUCUCCCCUCAGAUGAGCGCUGCCGUUGCAGCUUACGGACGAUCGCCCAUGGGAUUUGAUCCUCAUCCCCACAUGAGACCGGGGCUUCCAGCCAGUCUCACGUCUAUAUCUGGAGGAAAACCAGCCUACUCCUUCCACGUGAGCGCGGACGGCCAGAUGCAGCCGGUACCGUUCCCUCCGGACGCCCUGAUAGGCCCGGGGAUUCCCCGGCACGCCCGGCAGAUCAACACGCUGAGCCACGGCGAGGUGGUGUGUGCCGUCACUAUAUCCAACCCGACCAGACACGUCUACACAGGAGGGAAGGGCUGUGUCAAGAUCUGGGACAUCAGCCAACCGGGCAGCAAGAGUCCUGUCUCUCAACUAGACUGUCUGAACAGGGAUAACUACAUCCGUUCCUGUAAGCUGCUCCCUGACGGUCGUACCCUCAUCGUAGGAGGAGAGGCCAGUACUUUAACCAUCUGGGACCUGGCCUCCCAGACGCCUCGUAUCAAGGCUGAGCUGACGUCCUCCGCCCCGGCCUGCUACGCCCUCGCCAUCUCCCCAGAUGCCAAGGUCUGUUUCUCCUGUUGCAGCGAUGGGAACAUCGCCGUCUGGGACCUACACAACCAGACUCUCGUCAGGCAGUUCCAAGGCCAUACGGAUGGGGCCAGCUGUAUAGAUAUCUCUCACGAUGGGACCAAGCUGUGGACAGGAGGUCUGGACAACACGGUACGCUCCUGGGACCUGAGAGAGGGACGACAACUACAGCAGCACGACUUCAUCUCACAGAUCUUCUCUCUGGGAUACUGUCCGACAGGGGAAUGGUUGGCUGUAGGGAUGGAGAGCAGUAACAUAGAGGUCCUUCACCACACCAAGCCUGACAAAUACCAGCUACAUCUCCACGAGAGCUGUGUCCUCUCCCUCAAGUUCGCUAACUGCGGUAAAUGGUUUGUGUCUACAGGGAAGGACAACCUGCUGAAUGCCUGGAGGACUCCAUAUGGAGCCAGUAUAUUCCAGUCGAAGGAGUCUUCGUCAGUCUUGAGCUGUGACAUCUCAGCAGACGACAAGUACAUCGUCACAGGCUCCGGGGACAAGAAGGCUACUGUCUACGAGGUCAUCUACUAG